AGGAAUCUUGGUGUUCUUGUCUGCUCUUCAAUGUGUGAUAUCGGUGGGAUCAUAACUCCAUUCAUCGUCUAUAGGCUGGCAGAUGUCUGGCAUGAACUUCCACUUGUUGUCUUUGGUAAGAAUAUGAACUACUUCUUUUAUGUUGAAUGCGGGUAGAUUAUUCAUUCUUGAACAGGGAGCUGUGGUUCUCCAGAUGUCACUGAACUGCAAUUCUCAGCUGCCCCAGUUAGGGAUAGGAGAGAAAUCAAAUUUAAAUGUGAACCUAGCUAAUUUUCACUUUCUGAAACAAUAUGCAAACCAAUGCAGCCAUCCAUUGAAAUACACAGUUCUCUUAAUUUUGCAAUGCCAGCUUGGUCAAUGAUCAAGGAUGCUGGUAGUUGUGGUUCAGCAAUAUCUGGAGGACCACAGGUCCUGCCUCUGAGGCAUUAUGGGGAAGGAUCUGCAUCUGUAGGGAGCCAUAGGCAGAUCAAGCUCUCAUCCAUACCACUUUUGAAUGCAUUCAGUCAUAAGUCUGUUCCAUGCUCUUUCCACAUUAUUCUCCAAAUUCAUACUCAAAUAUCCCUAGCUAAGGUAGGUAUACCUAAUGGUGAAGAGGACCAGAUAGAAGCUGACAGUAAACCUGCAGGCAGCUCCUAUAAUUGAACAAAAUAUCCAAAGGAUCUUGGUGACCCAACUCCUGUAUACUACUUGAACGUAUGUUUGCUUUUCUGACAGCUAGGCUUAGAUUCCUUCCUUUACCUCAGAGGUUUCUUGGCAAGACAUUACAGCUACGUUUCUAUAGUCCUCUCCCAAAAAAACCUAACUCCUGCUGUCAAAAACAAUCUACAUCAUGCUAUUCUGCUAAACAAUUUGUUUUUAUCAAAUUAUUGUGUAAUGUUAUUCUCCAUUGCAAAUCAGGGAUAGUUUUAGAAUGGCAAAGAGAAAGGAGAUUAGGGUUACAGAGGAGCAUAAAGGCAGGGUUGCAAACGACAGAACCAGUAGGAAUAGCCAGGGAAUGGUGCAGAGCAAAGCUGCCCUACCCUUUUGAAAUCUGGCAGUAUAACAGCCCUGCUACCUGCCUAAGCAUCUCCAAGAAUAACCUUGUCCAGGCAUUUGUUUCUGCAUACAUGGCAACAGCACAUGCACCAGCAGUGUGCCCAACUGACUUGGGAUCAGCUCAGUCUGGAGGGAGCUGCUUCAACAUCUGUAGGGCAGGUGUUGGAAACUGCCCCAUCAACCCCCUUCACACUGAGCCAAUCAAGAGUCAUUGUUGAAGGGAUGAGUCUUAUUCCAUGUAUUCCUCCUGGCAGCUUCACACAAUAGAUAUCUGCGGGUACCAAACACCUAAGCAGGACUUGAAAGAGUUCAAAUAUAGGAGCUGUCAGUCUUAGAAUUCUGAAAAUAUUCUCUCAGUGACAGAAAGCUACUCCUCAGAAACAGGGACUUCAGUUCUAGAACACAUUAUCUGCAUACUCACAUCCUUUUUCAAAUGCCCAGAUAUGGUACAUUCAGAGCAAAUUCAGAGGAAAUCACCUCUGGACAUUUGAAAAAGGAUGUGAAUAUGCAGAGAUACUCUGAAAUGUAAGUGAUACAUUUGAUCUAUAUUCUCACUGUGGUGAAUUCCUAGGAACUGCAGCUGAUUCUCCUAUCUAAGGAGGAUUCUGGAGAAAAUGAGAUCACUCAUAAAAUAGGCUGCAGGUGGGGAGAGGAAGAGAACUUGCAUCUACAUGCUGCCAUUUCCUUUAAUACAGUUCAGCAGUAUCUUAUUGGCACGACUUAAAAAUUGCUAUAGUGCCUUAGUAUCGUUUCACAUAGGAUGGUCUGUCUCAACUGAUCUUUUGUUUGUGCCGUGUGUCUGAAGCUGUGAUUGGUCUCAUUGACGGUGGCUUGGUUCUGCUCUUACCUGAAACCAAAGGAAAAGCUUUACCUGAGACUAUUGAAGAUGCCGAAAAUAUGCACAGGUAUGGUCCUGUAUAACAUAUUUUAUAGAGAAAGGCAUUCUUAGUGAAUGAGAGCUCUAGCUGGGCAUUCAGCAGUGCCAGGAGGAAAGGGGAGUGCCUGGGGGGCAUGUGUUCCACACGGGGUGAGAUGCCUUGAUCUUCCUGUGUUGAGCCAGGUGUGAUGAGGUCUGAACUGAAUUCCUAAAUGACUUUGAAGGAAGGUGCUUAGAAUGCUGAUAAGGCAGAGGUCUCAAUCUAACUGCAUUCAGCAGAGAGUGGUAAGAAGCCCACUCCAGGCCUUCAUACUCAGCCUGUGAAGGUCUUCUGUGUGGGCUCAGUAGUUGGAAGUGGAGCUCAUACUCGGAACCCCACUGCCCUUUUCACACAUUCAUGUUGCUUGCCUGAAGAAGGUGGGUAGGAACGACAUAUGGCCAGCAGGAGGAAUUGUUAGAGAGGAGCAACGAGCAAAAACUAAAUUUAGAUUUGGAGAGUGUGAUUUCCCAUUACAGGGGCAAAUGAAAUCAGGGCUGGGGGGUGGUCACAGCUGGAGCCUGAAAUGCAUGAUAAUGUGGGUGAUAAUGUCCUGUUGGUCAGACAAAGGCAGAAAAUUAGGCUCCUAAUAUUUAUACCAGACUGGCCAAUAUGGAAGCAUCAUUGUUCCUGCCAAUCAUAUGGCAUAUGUCUGUUUCUUCCUAAGGUUUUGAAUAUAGGUACGGCAGUUAAUUUUUGGCGAUCACUUGUAGCUGAGUAAGAUUGUCUUCCAUAAACACAGUUUAAUCAAUGAGUCCGUAAGUGACUGUGGAGGCCAAUUCUGGAUCCACGUGUCCUUCCACAGUGGGGACAUAGGUUUCCAGGUGGGAGUUGAUCACGGUGAGGGUUUGCCAAAUGUGCCUUCCUCUUAGCACGUUUCUCCCUUUCAUUCUGAGUUUGAGUGUCUUCAAAGCCCAUGACACCUUUGGUAAAGGCUGUUCUCCAACUGGAGCGCUCGCAGGCUAUUGUUUCCCAAUUGUUGGUGCUUAUACUACAUUUUUUUUAAUUGACCCUUUAAAUUUUUAAAGUGACCCUGCUAGGAGUACGAGAUUCCUGACGGCUUCACUCACAAGGGCCAUAGGAACGUGCAAGCCCACUCACCACAACAAGGUGAUGAUCCAGCAAGUGAGGGCAGCUAAUAGAGCUGGUAGCAACACCCAGCACCCUUGGGCAGGCCCCUGGGGACAAGUGUCCUACAAAGACCUAUUAACAUCCAUUGGAGGGGAUUUGAAAUGGAAGGCAGCUCACAGAUGCAUUUCACAGAUUGCUGUAAUACUGCCCUCAAACUCUCCCUCAUUCCAGCAUUCGCAUGCCUGAUGGAAAGUCCCAUCAGCUGCUAUUUACAUUUAAUAAAAGAUUCAUGCAGCUUGAAGAGAUGUAUUUAGUGUAAUUUGGACCCAAAAAUCACGGAAGACUAAAUUUCUGAUUCUCUUUUCCUGUUCAUGUUACUCUUCCGGCUUUGUUUCCACAGGCAAGGAAGGCCAAAAGAAAAAAUUAUUUAUCUCCAUGUUCAAACCUCAGAUGCGGCAACUAAUUAAGAAGAGCCAUUUUCUGCAUGAUUUUCGCUUGAUUUGGCAUUAAAGAAAAAUGGAGCAAGAGAGCAAACACAUGCACAC